CUCACACCUUCUCUCUGAGAACCGAAGUCGUGUGUGGUGGUGGCGUGUCUGGGUGGCUCUGAGUUAGCCGGUGAAAACAGUGAAACAUGGCGGAUACAUUGGCACUUUUCACUUCCAUUGGACUCAGUGAGCAGAAGGCGAAAGAAACUCUGAAAAAUGAGGCGCUGAGUUCUGCCCUGAAGGACGCUAUUGUUCAGGCCCAGAAUUUUCGUGGGGCAUCAGGAGUGGACAAAGCCAUGGGUACUUUGCUGUACAGCAUGACAUCUCGCCUUAAAGAUCCCAAGCGCCUGGCAUUCCUCUCAGACAGCAUAGCCCAGGGCAAAAUCUGCACAGAGCUGCAGCUUGCAGCUGCUCUGGACUUUGUGAAGAGCCACCCUCAGGACCCCAUCAACCAGGAAGAGUUUGAAGAAGCAUGUGGAGUGGGUGUUGUCAUCACACCAGAGCAGAUAGAGGAUGCAGUGGAGAAAGUGCUCAAGAAGCACAAAGACCAGCUGUUAAAAGAGAGGUACCACUUCAACAUGGGGCUGCUAAUGGGCGAGGCCCGUGGUGCCUUAAAAUGGGCUGAUGGAAAGGUCAUCAAAAAUGAGGUGGACAUGCAGGUUCUGCAUCUUUUGGGACCAAAGACAGAAGCAGACCUGGAGAAGAAAUCUAAACCUCAGAAAGCUAAAGUCGCAGAGAACGAGGCAAAGGUGAAGAAAGAGGAGGUGGCAGUAGAUGGUGAAGCAAUGCCGGGGGAGGGAAAGUCACUAAUGGAGCAGCUCCGAGGAGAAGCGCUGAAGUUCCAUAAACCAGGAGAAAACUACAAAACUGAGGGCUAUGUGGUCACACCAAACACAAUGAGCUUACUCAAAAAGCACCUGGAGAUCACUGGUGGACAGAUACGCACUCGUUUUCCUCCAGAGCCCAACGGUAUCCUCCAUAUUGGACAUGCCAAAGCUAUCAAUUUCAACUUUGGUUAUGCAAAGGCAAACAAUGGAAUUUGUUUCUUGAGGUACGAUGACACAAAUCCAGAAAAAGAGGAGGAAAAGUACUUCACUGCUAUCAGAGACAUGGUGGAGUGGCUUGGCUAUAAACCUUACGCUGUCACACAUGCUUCAGACAACUUUCAGCAACUCUAUGAUCUUGCCGUGGAUCUCAUUCGAAGGGGUCAUGCGUAUGUGUGCCACCAGAAGGGGGAGGAACUGAAGGGCUACAACACUCCACCAUCACCGUGGAGAGACCGACCUAUCGAGGAGUCCCUGAUUUUGUUUGAAAGAAUGAAGAAGGGCAUGUUUGCCGAGGGAGAGGCUACGCUGAGGAUGAAGAUGGUCAUGGAGGAUGGGAAGAUGGACCCUGUGGCGUACAGAAUCAAAUACACUCCUCAUCAUCGGACAGGAGAUGAAUGGUGCAUCUACCCUACAUAUGACUACACCCACUGUCUGUGUGACUCUAUUGAAAAUAUCACACACUCACUCUGUACCAAAGAAUUCCAGGCCAGGCGUUCGUCAUAUUUCUGGCUGUGCAAUGCUCUGGAUGUGUACUGCCCUGUUCAGUGGGAAUAUGGCCGCUUGAACCUCACCUACACUGUUGUGUCUAAGAGGAAGAUCAUCAAACUGGUAGAAACUGGCGUUGUCAGAGACUGGGACGAUCCCCGACUCUUCACUCUGACUGCACUCAGGAGAAGAGGUUUCCCACCUGAGGCCAUCAACAACUUUUGUGCACGGGUCGGAGUCACAGUUUCUCAGACAACGACAGAGCCCCACCUUCUGGAGGCAUGUGUGAGGGACGUGCUCAAUGAAACAGCACCCAGAGCCAUGGCUGUGCUGGAGCCACUCAAAGUCACCAUAACUAACCUUCCUGAAAACUCAAAGACAGAUGUUCGGGUACCUGACUAUCCUGCCAAUGAAGCAAAGGGCAGCCACACGGUUCCAUUCACAAGAACUAUCUUCAUUGAACAGAGUGACUUUAGAGAGGUGAUGGAGAAGGGCUACAAACGUCUGACUCCAGAUCAGCCUGUAGGCCUGAGACAUGCUGGAUAUGUCAUCUCUGUCCAAAAGGUCAUCAAGGAUGCUCAGGGUAAAGCUGUGGAACUGGAGGUGACAUGCUGCAGCUCUGAGACAGCAGAGAAACCAAAGGCCUUCAUCCACUGGGUCAGCCAGCCGAUAGUGUGUGAAGUGCGUCUUUAUGAAAGACUAUUCCUGCACAAAAAUCCAGAGGAUCCAUCUGAAGUGCCCAAAGGCUUUCUGAGUGACAUAAAUGCUAAUUCCCUGCAGACCAUCAACAGUGCCUUAGUGGAUACCUCGGUAAAAGGAGCAAAAGUGUUUGACAAAUUCCAGUUUGAGAGAGUUGGCUACUUCUCCCUGGACCCCGACAGCACUUCAGACAAGCUUGUCUUUAACAGGACAGUCACCCUCAAAGAAGACCCAGGGAAGAUCUAAUUGGCUGCACUUCUGUUUUCUAAGAGCCCACAGAUACAUGUCCAAAUUGUUUGCAUCACUAAAUGUGUGAUACCAGCAGGGACACUGCCUGCUACAUGUUGGAUGGUUCAGAUACUGUAAUAGAUACAUUUAAAAGGAUCAUUCUCUUGAAAUUUGGUCAAUAUAGAUUGCUGGGAAAAAUUCAGAAGUAUCAUGUUGCGAAAUCUCAGCUUUGGUCAGCCAGUGCAAGACAACAUUUAAAUUUUUCCCCCCAUAUCAGCUGCAACUUUAUUCAUAUGCAGGGUUCUUUCUUUGUUGAAUGUAUGCAACUUUGGACUUCAGUUUUCAACAAGGAUCUUCUGUAUGUUUUGUUAAUAUUGACUCUAGGCUGAUGUUACACAGAGGAGAUGCUUUCAAAUGCCAUACAUGACUUUCUUACAUUGUGGUUGUGAGUCACAGCCAAACUACUGUGUUUUUUAAAUACUCAGAGGGGUUACCAUCUGUCCUUUUGACAGCAGGUCAGAAUAAAUGCUAUAUAAAAACAAA